GGGUGUGAGGGCUCACGUAGGGGCCCAGGUGGAGCCGCCAUCAUUGCAGCCAACGAGUGGAGCACCAGCGAGAGCCCGGAGGAGGGGCAGGAGGAUGAAGUGGAUGGGAUGGACAAGGCCGGAAUGGAAGGUGAUGCAGAGGGCAUCUGGAGCCCUGACAUCGAACAGAGUUUCCAGGAGGCUCUGGCCAUUUAUCCCCCCUGUGGCCGCAGAAAGAUCAUCCUUUCAGACGAAGGCAAGAUGUAUGGUCGUAAUGAGCUGAUAGCAAUAACAUUACAAUUUAAAACAGCAAGAAGUAGGACCCGUGUGUCUAGCCAUCUGCAGGUUCUUGCGCGGAGAAAGUCUCGCGAGAUUCAGUCUAAGCUGAAGGCCAUGAACUUGGAUCAGGCCUCCAAAGACAAAGCCCUGCAGAACAUGGCCGCUCUUUCCUCCGCUCAGAUCGUUUCUGCCAGUGUGAUGAAGAGUCAGCUGCCUCCUCUUCCUCAGCACCACUAUCCUCCUCCAGCCCGGUUUUGGCCCGGCCCCAUCCCAGGACAGCCUGGACCUUCUCAGGACAUCAAACCCUUUGCACCGAGUCCAUACUCCACCCUUCAGCCUCCACUGCCUCCACCCAUAUCAAGUUAUGAGCAGUUACCCACUCCGCACCCUACGAGUGCCACUGCCAUGCCUGUGUGGCAGGACCGGACCAUUGCCUCCUCUAAACUGCGCAUGCUGGAGUACUCUGCCUUCAUGGAGGUCCAGAGAGACCCUGACACUUACAGCAAGCACCUGUUUGUCCACAUCGCCCAGACUAACCCCUCAUACACAGACCCUCUCCUGGAGGCCGUGGACAUCCGUCAGAUCUACGACAAGUUUCCAGAGAGGAAGGGAGGGCUGAAGGAGCUGUAUGAGAAAGGCCCUCAGAACGCCUUCUUUCUGGUCAAAUUCUGGGCUGAUCUGAACAGCAGUAAUGUUCAGGAUGGCGCAGGCUCGUUCUAUGGGGUCAGCAGUCAGUACAGCAGCGCUGAAAACAUGAGCAUCACUGUCUCCACUAAAGUCUGUUCUUUUGGGAAACAGGUGGUAGAGAAAGUCGAGACGGAGUAUGCGCGUGUUGAGGGCGGGAGGUACGUUUACCGGAUCCAUCGCUCACCCAUGUGUGAAUACAUGAUCAACUUCAUCCAUAAACUCAAACACCUGCCAGAGAAAUACAUGAUGAACAGCGUCCUGGAGAACUUCACUAUACUGCAGGUUGUCACAAACAGAGACACACAAGAGACUUUGCUUUGCAUUGCGUUCGUGUUUGAGGUGUCCACAAGCGACCACGGAGCACAGUAUCACGUUUACAGACUCGUCAAGGACUGAACAACCAGCUGUGCCCAAACACCUCCAGACGCCGUUCAUCCAAUGCGUACCAACAAAGUGAGGAGAAGAAAAUUAGACAAACCUGAAGCUCAUGAACACAAUCAUGGACAAAACACAAACCGGGAUCCUCUGCACUAGGUUGUGCUGUAUAUGUAGAUGUGUUCCUUAAAAGCAACGGAAAUGUACUUUCAGGGAUAAUUCUGUUUCUUAUUGUUUUGUGGAGGAGAGGUCUUGAAUGUCUGUGGUGGGUGAACUCUGUCACGUUUAUGGUACUAGACUCUGAAGGCACGAAGGUCUUUUUAAAAGCCAUUGUAAGCGAAUAGGAAAGGAAUUCUGGUCGAUACGAGUCUUUCUCUAAUCAGGAACGUUGCGAUAGUGUAUGUUUGUCUUUCAUUUAGAAGCAGCAGCUUGCUACCUCUGACCUUUGACAGAUCGCGGGCUCAGAUUGUGCUCAGAACGAUGUGCAAGUCUUG